CCCCGGGUCUCUCACCCUCACAAAAACUACGCCUCCCAUAAUCCCUCACUAACCCACGUGUACUGGAUACGCGGAAGCUUUCUGCGCCACUGCUGCUAGCGAGAUAGCAUCUGCCGCUAAUUACCUCAGCUGGGGGCAGCGCGAAGACGAGCGGGGCGAAGGUCUGAUCGACACUCAGAAGUCGUGGACCACUGAGCCGUUUCCCGGUUCUGUGGUGAUUCAGUCUUCUGCCAGCAGCAGCUAAUCUGAAGAGCCAUGGCUACAAUGCGCUUUGGACAGCACGCCAUAAAAAGCACGGCUGUGUUUCUGCAGACGGAGCUGUCCUUUGCCCUGGUUAAUCGGAAGCCUGUGGUUCCUGGCCAUGUCUUGGUGUGUCCGCUAAGACCUGUCGAGAGGUUCCGCGACCUGCGCCCGGAUGAGGUCACUGACCUGUUCACCACCACCCAGAGGGUGGCCGGCGUAGUGGAGAAGCACUUCGGAGCAUCCUCUCUGACCAUCGCCAUACAGGAUGGUCCUGAGGCCGGACAGACAGUAAAGCACCUCCACGUUCAUGUGUUGCCGAGGAAAGCCGGCGACUUUGAGAAGAACGACAGCAUCUAUGAGGAGCUGCAGAAGCAUGACAAAGAAGAUCAAGAACUUCCCUCCAGAUGGAGAUCUGAGGAGGAGAUGGCGAACGAGGCCUCUGUCCUGAGUCGUCUCUUCACUUAACUUCCCCUGGUAUUUUCCAUCACUGCAGAGGACCUGGAAUGAUGUAACAUGAACAGAAUACAAGUUCUUUUUUGAAUUCUUUACAUUGUGCACUGAUGUCCUGUACAAAUCAGCCAAAGCCUGUUUUCUUUAAAGUACAAUAAAAAUAUUUUACAUUUUGCUUGUCAAUUCUAAA